GCCGCUAUCUGGUCUAUAGCUAAGGCAGAAGGACAAUCAGGGGCCUACAUCUUCAAAGAGAUUGCGCGACAGGUCCAGGAACUCCAGGAUAAAGGAUGGACAGUGACUGUCCGCUGGAUACCUGCCCAUGUGAGCAUUCCCGGGAACGAGGCCGCCGACCAGGCCACCAAGGAGGCCUCAUGUAACUAA